GUAAGCGUAAGGUAUGGAGUAGAGCCACGAGCGUCGUCAGUCAGUCGGCUAAGUACAAGCACGUGGCACGUACGCAUCGGCAUUCGUUUGUGUCGCUACUCUUUGUGCACACUAAAUCUGUUUAUAUUAAUUUAUACGUUUUGUGCAGUUAGAAUCUCGACAAUAUGGUCAUCAUGGAGAAAGACAACAGCAUCCAGAUCGCUCUGCUUCAGCUUCUUAAAAAGUUUAACUUUAACGAAACUUUUGAAUUAUUUAAAAAAGAAGCCCACAUCGACGAGUCUGAAAUAGCAGAGCUGGAACCUAUCAAUACCGAUGUUGAGAAUGUUCUAUCAUCUUUCAAAGAUGAUUGGGAACCUCAACGGUAUGACAAAGCUUAUAGAGAGUUACAAAAGUUUAUUGAAACUUCUCGGGAUAGCUACAAGCACGAGAUGGGAACAAUAUUGUAUCCUGUACUUGUACACAUGUACUUGGAGAUGGUGUAUUUGAAUUACUCUGAAGAAGCUCAAAGCUUAUUAGAAAAGCAUAGUCGAGGAAUAGAAGAUUAUUACCAAACGGAAUUGCAACAAUUAUCUCAUGUAACCAAGAGAGAACAUUUGGUUGAAAAUGAACUAGCUAACACAUUCAACAAGCAGCAGUUUAACAGAAGGAUAUCUCGAGAUGCUUUAUCAAUCUUAAAAAGAUUUUUGAGCGAAGGAAAACCAAAUAAUCUUUUAUUAAUGAAAAUUGUAUCAGCAAACAUAAAUUUUGAUAUCUACGAAGGAGUCCCAAGAAAUAAAACUCAAAUUGAAGCAACGUUUGGCUCAUUGAUUGGAGAAGUUUCUAGAACAGCUAAUGAAGCUAAAGUUUAUUAUGGACUUUUGAAAGAGCAAGAUGUACAGGAGCCUGUACCAAUUGCUGCCGAAGAUGAAGAUGACGAAGUUGGAGAUGAAGAUUAUAGACCCAAAAAGAAGAAAGCAAAAAAAGAUAAUAUUGUUUCAAAACAAACAAAACCUGAUCCUAAUGCUCCAUCGUGGACGAGAAUGCCAUUACCCAACUUGAGGGACAUUUAUAAAAUAGAAAAAAUAAAAGAAAUGCAAGAAGCUCAAAAAAGAGUUACAUUAGGUCCAGAUUGUUUGCCGUCAAUUUGUUUCUAUACUUUAAUGAACUCUGUUAACACAGCUAUUUGUGCAGAAGUAUCUGAAGAUUCAAGCCUCCUUUCUGUAGGUUUCAGUGAUUCAAGCAUUAAAGUAUGGAGUUUAGUGCCUCAAAAACUGCAAAAGAUAAAAGAUGCUAAACAACUUGCGAAUGUUUCGUGUGAGUCAGACGAUGUUUUGGUUAGAAUGAUGGAUGACGAAUCAGCAGAAACUGUUCGUACUCUGUAUGGACACACCGGACCUGUUUACAGCCUCUCAUUUAGUCCAGAUGAAAGAAUACUGUUAUCUUCCUCUGAGGAUGGGACAGUGAGAUUAUGGUCACUUCAUACAUGGACCAGCUUAGUUUGUUACAAAGGUCAUCUUUUUCCUGUAUGGUCCGUAAAAUUCUCACCGCAUGGCUACUACUUUGCUACUGGUUCAAGUGAUAGAACAGCAAGAUUGUGGGCUACGGAUUCACAUGAACCAUUACGAAUAUUUGCUGGACAUCAUGCUGAUGUUGAUGUUGUUCAAUUCCAUCCUAAUUCUAAUUAUUUAGCAUCUGGAUCUAGUGAUAAUACUGUCAGAUUGUGGGAUUGUACUACUGGUAGUCAAGUUAGAUUAAUGACAGGACACAAAAAUGCAAUUUACGCAUUGACCUUUUCUAUGGAUGGAAGAAUUUUAGCUUCAGCUGGUAUGGAUGGUAGUGUUUUACUGCAUGAUCUUGCACAAGGUCAUUUAGUAGCUGCUUUAAGUAGUCACACUGCAAAUAUACAUUCAUUAACGUUCAGCAGAGAUGGUAAUCUUUUGGUAUCUGGUUCGCUGGACUGUUCUAUAAAAGUGUGGGAUUAUAGAAAAUUAACAAAAGAUUUGAAUGUAGAUGAUGCCAAUGUGUCGCAUACUCCAGAUGUAAAAACUUGUACAAAUAAUUAUUUGUUAAGAACUUAUAGAACAAAAAGUACACCAGUUUUGACGACCCAAUUUUCAAGAAGAAAUGUAAUGUUGGCAAUCGGAAUGUUUGAUGCUAAUCUUUCGUAGCUAGCUUAUGGUGUGUAAAUUUGUGUAAAUAUCUUGUGGCGUGGAAAUCUGUGUAAAUAGCUUGUGGCGUGGAAAUCGACGUAAAUAUGUCUUUAAUAAGGUAGAAGUGACAAUUUAGAUGAUAAU